GAGAAAAACCCAAAAACUUGCAUCUGACAAAUGAUUGACGACGACAUUAUGCCAUAGAAAGCGCUGACCUCUACUUCAUUUGGCAGUGUAUGUUUGUGUUUGUUGUGCGGCGAAUUCUAAUUUGGCGAAUGUCAUUAAAAGCAUUUCGCCAUCAUACACACUUAGUACAAUUUUGAUUCAAUUUUUUUUUUCGUCGAUUCAAUUUUAUUGAACAAAAAUAAAUAUUGUUUGGAAUUCAAUUCGAAGGCGACUAACAUGAAAUAAUGUAUUGACCGUUGGAAUUGGGAGCAUUCUCAUUCGAUUUACGUUGAUAAAAUCAUUGUUGGUUGUCGCAAUUAAAGCACAUGGUGCGACCGACUGAAUCCAAUGCCGAUGCCUCUCCGUAUCGAUUCCAUUUAUCGUUGUGAUAUUUUCUAUUCAAGGCAUAAAACGUUUAUCAAAAUUCAGCAACCACAAUGCAAAAUAUCAAAACAGAUAGCAGCGGGAAUGAGGCCGAUGGAUCGAUGAAUCAAGCAUCACAUUCGAUGGUGGAUCGACCGUUUUUCUAUUUGCCACAGUUUACACAGCCAGUAUCCACAGUUCAAGUGCAGAUGCAGUUGCCAAGUGUGCAGCCACGGAAUAUGCCAUCGGCCACGGUGAACGCAAAUCGAAGGUGUGACAUUUGUAAUAAGAUCUUUUCAACGCCCGGCAAUUGCAGCAUACAUAAGAAAAAGCAUGCCGCCGACAAUGAAAAGGUCCAAUGUGAUGAUUGUGGAAAACACUUUUCAACACCGGGCAAUUUGGCCAUCCACAAGCGAAUCCACACGGGGGAAAAGGCCGUUCGAUGCGAUGUUUGUGACAAAGAGUUCUUACACAGUGGGAAUCUGACGGUGCACAAACGAAUUCACUCGGGGGAGAAAUGCGUCAAAUGUAAUGUUUGCGGCAAAACUUUUUCACACAGUGGAAACCUAACGAUCCAUAUGCGAAAACACACAUUUGAAAAGCCAUACAAAUGCACACAGUGCGAAAAAAGCUUCAGCCAUAGCGGCAACUUAAAUAUACAUAUGCGUAAACACACCGGUGAGAAACCGUUCCGUUGUGAAGUGUGCCAAAAAACGUUUUCCUACUCUGGGGGUCUAACAAUCCAUAUGCGUAUACACACGGGAGAAAAACCAUACAAAUGCACCGUCUGUUCAAAGGAAUUUUCCCACUCUGGAAAUCUGACUAUACAUCUGCGGAAGCAUACGGGAGAAAAGCCAUUCAAAUGUGACCUCUGUAAUAAAGAAUUUAGUCACUCAGGCAACUUAACCAUUCAUAUGAUCAAGCACGUGGAUGAAAAGUCUUCAAAAUCGGAUCAGAGUAAUAAUUUUGAUAUGCAAACAACGAAAAGUGUGCCACAAUUGCCUCAUCCGCAAUCACAUCCGCCGCCACAACCACAUCAAACCGUUGAACACACAUUCAAUCCGAAUAACGGUGAACCGUUUCAAAAUCAAAAUUUCGAUACACCAAAUAUUUAUAAGACGGAACCAUUCAAAACGGAAAUCUAUCGCAACGAAGUGCUGAAAACGGAAUUUUAUAACAAAGAAUUGGCGCAAGCGUCAAUGCUCUACCACCGAGAUAUCAAUCAACCUGAGAAUUUCUCCAGCCAGUUAAUUCGAUUUACUCAAGAGAAAUAUCCGAAUAAUACAAAGUUUUAGACGAAAUCGAAAAUGAAAAGAAAAAAAAAACAACAAAAUACUUUUUCCAUUUUUUUAGGCCAUAAGAUAAUUUAAGUUGAAUCGAAAUCGCACAGAUAAAAUCACACAACAACAAGAAGUAGUAGAUAUUAAUGUGUUUUUUUUUUGUAUAAAGAUUUAAUUGGGAAAGAAAAAUGUUCUUCUUUUAAUUUGUUUGUUUUCGUGCCGCCAAUCCAAUUUCAAUUAAUCCUUUGCCAAUUAUAAAUUAAACUAGCUUCUAAUGCAAACUAAAUGCAAUUCGGCCAAAAUUGUGUUGUUUAAACAAAAUGUUUAAUGAUAUUUUAUUUCCAUUGAAAUUAUAACUCGAAUCAUUGUCCCAUUUAUCCCAUUUAAUUCGUUCAAUCAAUCGAUGGUCUAGGUCAGUGAAUUGCUUUUGUUUCUGUGUUUUAUAAACAAAGUAUACCAUGCCAGUGAAAUAAACAGUGAGAAGAGAAAAUCCAACCAAAUAAUAACUUCAAACAAAUAAAAAGAACUAAACCAAUAA